AUGGGUAUCUGCAUAUCCGUUGCAUCUUCAGAGAUUCAUGGAAUCCCUCAAGUUCAUGAUGAGAAUGUCAUGAUAUUUGAGGCAAAUAAGGUUCAACAUGAGACUAAGAGACUUUGUUCUGUUUCCUCUAAACAAGGUACUAAAGGUCUCAACCAAGAUGCUGCAUCCCUCUACCAGGAUUAUGGUAUAGAAGAUGGAGCAUUUUGUGGUGUAUAUGAUGGACAUGGAAGGAAUGGACAUAUAGUGAGCAAGAUAGUAAACAAUACCUUACCAUCUCUCAUAUUGAGCCAAAAGAAUGCUAUUGAGAAUGAUACAACAAAAAAUGGUGUUAACAAUAAACAAAACAAAUUUUCAAAUAACUUUUUAAUAUUGAAAGAAGCUAUUCUUGGUGCUUUCAAUGUGAUGGAUGAUGAGGUGAAACAAGAGAAUCUAGAUUGUUCUUGUAGUGGAACUACUGCUGUAGUUGUCAUAAGACAGGGUAAUGGUCUUGUCAUAGCUAAUUUGGGUGACUCAAGAGCAAUCUUAGGGACAAUUGAUGAUGCUAAACUCAAAGCUAUUCAAUUGACUACAGAUUUGAAGCCUGGAUUACCUAGCGAAGCAAAGAGAAUAAGAAGAUGCAAUGGUUGUGUUUAUGCAUUAAAGGAAGAACCACAUGUUCAACGAGUCUGGUUGCCAAACGAGAAUUACCCUGGCCUAGCCAUGUCUAGAGCUUUUGGAGAUUUCAUACUCAAAGAUCAUGGUGUUAUUGCCAUUCCAGAUAUUUGGUAUCACCCUUUAACAUCAAAUGACCAGUUUAUUGUUCUUGCAAGUGAUGGGGUGUGGGAUGUUCUAAGUAAUGAAGAGGUUGUAUCAAUUGUGUGGAUGGUGGAAAGUGAGGAGGAAGCUGCAAGGGCAGUGGUGGAAGCAGCCACAGCUGCAUGGGCUAAGAAGUAUCCUUCCUCUAGGGUGGAUGAUUGCACUGUGGUUUGCCUUUUUCUGCAGAAGAAACCACAAAACUUGGGGUGUACGGAAAGUGGAAAACUAGGUUAA